CGCUGCUAACCUGCCCCUCCCCUUGCCUCUGGUCCUCCGGUCCUGCGCCCGGAGUGGUGCAUUGUGGGAAACUCCUGAGCAUUCCUCGGUAUCCGCAGCCGCCGCCCGCUGUCAUCCCACCCGCGAAGCGAGUGCGCAGCGAGAAGCUGGAGGCCCGAAGGAAGACACCCAUAUAAUGCCCAGAGGUGAGCUGUCCUGAGACACUGUGAUCUAUCCGCCUGCCAGUCCCACAAGCCCCAAGCCAGACACCAAAUCGUCAUGGAGUCCCGAGGAAAGUCAGCCAGCAGCCCCAAGCCAGACACCAAGAUGCCUCAGGCCACAGCUGAGGCCAAGGCCACUCCAGCUGCUGAUGGGAAAGCUCCCUUGACCAAGCCUGUGAAGAAGGACACCCAAACUGAGAAGCAGGAGCAGCCAGCAGCCUCUGGGCCGGCUACUACCAAGAAGACACCGGCCAAGGCAGAUCCUGUACUUCUCAACAAUCACAGCAACCUGAAGCCAGCUCCCGCAGUGCCUGCAGCCCCCAGCAGUCCUGAUGCAACCUCAGAGCCAAAGGGUCCUGGGGAUGGGGCAGAGGAGGAUGAGUCCAACACUGGAGGCCGAGGUCCCUGGCCUUGUGAGAACUUGACCCCUUUGCUAGUGGCUGGGGGUGUGGCUGUGGCCACCAUGGCCCUGAUUCUUGGUGUGGUCUUCCUAGCCCGGAAAAAAUGAUGCCUGGUGUCCAGGUGGGGGCACAGAGCCACUUUCUGUACAGACCUGAAUAUAUAGUGCAUGCAAGGUCCUAGAUACUUAUCUAUACAUACACACAUACAUCAUACACACACACAUAUACACACAUGUAUAUGUAUGCUACAUACAUCCACGCAGCAGGAGAGAGACAGACAGAGAGCCCACCUCCACUGACCCCAGCACAUUCUUUCCCAAGUCCUGGGGCAAGAGCCCAGCUCUGCAGUUUGCAGGAUGUACUAGCGUGGGGC